GUCGAUAUCGAUUUGAAUAUUAAUUCAGUUACAACAACAACAGUGGCGACAACAGAGAAACCAAUGCAGCGCAGGAAAUCGCGCGUGCGUACAUACUUGAAGCGGUGCAAGGAUCGGCUGACGGGUCAGCAUCAACAGGCGGUCGCAAAUACAACGAAUUCUACAGCAGCAACAACAACAACCGUCAGCAAAACGUAUGUGCAAGAUGAAAAGUGCCAAGAAUUUGGCGUUGUGGUGUCGAGUACAGCGCGCAGCCCAAGCACCCAGCAAUUCUCCGCUCUCGAAGAAA